AUGAAGCUGACCUCUAUUCUCAUCGGCUCGCUGAUGCUUGCCUUCCCCGCCUUCGCCUUCGAGCAGUCAACUAUCCAGACUCUCCGCGUUGCCACGGCUGCCGCUGGAGUCUACCACUCCAAGUUCCCGCAGGCUGUCAAAGAAGGGCCCGAGGCAGCUAUAUCGAACAUCAACUCUGCAACUGCAAGAGCAGCGGAUGAAGCUAUGGUUGUCUUGAACGGGCUGAAGGUGCAGAGCCGGAAUUUCUUCAACGCCAUGACGACGCUCUCGCAUGAUAGUACAAACCCGGUGGUGUUCUGUAGCAAGAACAUCGACCGUCUGGGCCCGACUAUGGGAUGGAACCUCCGCCUGGUCAGAUAUGGGAUAGAGCCUUACGCGGCGACGCUGAAGAGAGACUGCGAGGACGGAGAGAAGCUCGUUACCGGUCUGGCUGGUGGCUAUAAGAUCGCCGUCGACAGCCUGGAACAGGCUCAGGCGACGCUGGAGAGCCCUAAGGGCAGGUGUAAGAAGUGA